AAACAACCGGUAUCAAAUAUUCCACAACACAAGUCAUAUCCAUCGCAUCAACAAUUCGAAAUUAAUAAAGUCAAAUAACUUCCGGCCCAACUACAAAAAGUUGGGAAAAGUUUCCGGCCCAACUAUGAAAAGUUUUGAAACAAAAACGACGUCGUUCAACUUCAAAAAUGUUGAAUAUCUUCAUCCGUAACCGGAUAACACAGGAAGUCAUCUGUACCAAGCAAGGAAGGGUUGUAAAAAUGAUGUCUGUCUCUGCAAUCUUCGGUGUCAAACUCGCCACCGUCUCCCUCCGUCAAUCACCCACAACACCCACGGCAGUUGUUUACGGCAAUGGAAGCAGUGGAGGGUUAAUGAUAGAGUGUUCAUCGAGGCCCCAGAAGAAGGCGACGGCCCACCACAGGAAAAGCAGACCCAAGAAGACUCAGCCCUGGGAUAAGAACCGUGGGCCGACCGUUUACCCACCGCUGCCGGAACUUCCUUCCGAGUGGAGUUUUGCUACUGCAGAGGGUGGUCCACCGUCACCGUCACCGUCUGAGUCUCAGUAGGUGUGUUUUGUUGUUGGUUUGAUUGGAUGUUUUUGUUAAUUGUGUUGUGGCUUUGAGAUGAGAUUAUGUUGUUCUGUUUCUGCUCAUGAUGUUUAUUUUGAUUUGGUUUAACUGAUACACAUAAUUGUGCUUCUUUCUUUGUUGGCAAA